AUGGCUGAGACUGUAUCUGAUAGUACCGCGAUGGCGGUUGACCAUGCAGAAGAAAAAAGAGCGAGUCCUGCGGUCGAAAACGGUGGAAAUUCGGUAGAAAAUGCUACAGGUUCGGACGCUAAUGGAGCCAAGAAGAACAAGAAGAAGAAGAAGAAGAAGUCCAACAACAUCAAGAACAUCGAACUGAUGUUUCCCGACUUGAAAUACCCGGAAGGUGAAUGGAUGGAUUACCACCAAGAUCACAACUUGCAAAGAACCACAGACGAGGAAAAACGGUACUUGGCCCGGGACGCAGAACAUGCUGAAAGAUGGAACGACAUGCGUAAGGGAUCUGAAAUUCAUCGUCGUGUGCGUAAAAAUCUGCAAAACAAGUUGAAGCCCGACAUGAGUCUUACAGAUGUCGUGAACGUGGUCGAAAACGCAACUCGCAAAUUCACGGGUGUGGACGAAAACGGGGACCACAAGGACCGUCCCAAAUCGCAGGGUGUUGGUUUCCCCACAGGUGUGUCGCUAAACCACUGUGCUGCGCACUUUACGCCAAAUGCCGGAGACCAGACGAUCCUCAGGUACGAAGACGUGAUGAAGGUGGACAUCGGAGUUCAAGUCAACGGGUAUAUCGUGGACUCCGCCUUUACUGUGACAUUCGACGAUAAGUACGAUAACUUGCUGACUGCAGUCAAGGAGGCCACAAACACAGGUGUGCGUGAGUCCGGUAUCGACGUCAGGCUCACGGACAUCGGCGAGGCCAUCCAGGAGGUGAUGGAGUCGUACGAGGUGGAGCUUAACGGCAAGACGUACCAGGUCAAGCCUUGUCGGAACCUGUGUGGCCACAACAUUGCACCCUACAAGAUCCACGGCGGAAAGUCCGUUCCACUGGUGAAAAACGGCGACCAGACUAAAAUGGAAGAGGGUGAGCACUUUGCGAUCGAGACUUUCGGCACCACGGGUCGCGGGUACGUGAUUUCGGGCGGCGAGGUCUCGCACUACGCCAAGAACGAGGGCUCGUGGCCCACGCCUUCUCUCUCAAAGGCGAAAUCGCUACUCAAGACCAUCGACGACAAUUUCGGCACUUUGCCCUUCUGUCGCCGCUACCUGGACCGUUUGGGCGAAGAAAAAUAUCUAUUUGCACUCAACAGUCUUGUGAAGCACGGCAUUGUCGAGGAAUAUCCUCCAUUGUGUGACAUUCAAGGCUCUUACACGGCGCAAUACGAGCACACUAUCUUACUGCAUCCGCACAAGAAAGAAGUUGUUUCGAGAGGCGACGACUACUGA